AUGAGCCCCGCGGUGCUGGCCCUGCUGCUGGCCCUGCUGCGUGCCCCGGGGGAAGGGAGAGGCGAGGGGACCCCGGUCCGGCUCUGCGGGAGGGAUUUCGUCCGCGCCGUCGUGUUCGUCCAGGUGAACAGGCUGGUGGGUGUCACUGAGAGUGACAACCCCCUGCCUUUCUCACAAGAGAGCAACGGUUACGCCGACCCCUCGAUGGACGCAGAGCAGGGGCUGGAGCCCAACAGCCAAGGAACCCACAGGAUGAAGCCUGAGACAGAGCAAGACCCACCAGGCACCAGGGAAGCUUGGAUGCUACAAAAACGUGAAGCUGCCAAGCUGCUCACCACUUCCUGCUGCAGUGUGGGCUGUAGUGAGAGAGAGAUCAGCUCCCUGUGCUGA